UGGCUCUGCCCAAAGGUAAGUCCCAGGCCCCAGUUCAAAGCCCCAUCCUACCCAUGCUGGUGUCCUCUUGACCCCUGCAUCCCCACCUAUCCAGAUGUCCUGGGCAUCUCCAGGGCUGUUCCUGCAGCUGGCCUGGCCCUGUCCACAGGUACACCAGCCGUGAUGCAGCAGCCACGAGUGGAAACGGAUAUCAUCGGGGCUGGUGAGGGGCCCCAGCGGGCAGUGCCCUGGUCGGCCUGGGUCACCCGUCUGGACUGGGUACGUUGGUGGGCAUGCCACAUGCCCCAGAGCUGGGCCCAGUGGUGGACCACGUCAGGCUGGCGGCAACCACUACAGCGCAUACUAUGGGGUCUGGAGGGGAUACUCUACCUGCUGCUGGCACUGAUGCUGUGUCAUGCACUAUUCACAACCGGCUCCCACCUGCUGAGUUCCCUGUGGCCUGUGGUGGCUGUGGUAUGGAGCCAUCUGCUGCCAGCUGUCCUGCUGCUGGUACUCAGUGCCCUGCCUGCUCUACUCUUCAUGGCCUCCUUCCUGCUGCUCUUCUGCACGUUGCUGAGCCUCGUGGGCCUCCUUACUUCCAUGACUCAUCCAGGCUAUGCUCACGACUUGGACCAAUAGAAGGGCAACCCCA